AUGGAUAAGCAAGUGUGUGAAAAGUUCCAGGAAGUAAGGAACUCGAUUUCCGAUGAAUUGAAAGGUAAUGGAAUCCCUGAAUUUGACGAUGAUGAUAUUUUAAAUAAUUAUUGUGAUAGUAAGAAAUGUAUUAGUGAUUACGAUAGAAUAAGUGCUGGAUGUUUAUAUUUGUUGUAUCAAUUCUAUAACGAUUCUGGUAUAUUCCCCUCUCCAAAAAAUAAUAACCGCUAUAUUGUUGAUUACAUUUUGAUAUGGUUAAGUUAUAUGUUAAACCUGAACAAAAGUGAAAGAGAUGACAGCAUAAAGAGUUUUUAUAAUUAUCAAAUAGAUAGUUGUGAUAAAUAUAAGACGCAAAUAAAUAAUUUAGCUGGUUAUGAUAAUUAUAAGGAACUUAUAGAUGAAAGAAAGUAUUUGUUGGAUAUGGAUAGUAAUAUUGUAUCUAAAUUUUAUCAAGCACUUAAAUUAUUAUGUAACUUGUAUAAUGAACUUGGUGAUGACAAUAAAAAUUGCAAGAAUUAUUUGGAUGAUAAUAAUGAAUUUUAUAAAAAAUAUGAAGAACUUAAGAAUGAUUCUGAUAUUACUGGAAAUGAACUAUAUAACAAACUAUUGUCCACUUUAUUAAAAGAUUAUAACAAUUUUAAAACGGAAUGUAACGUUAUUUUAUCCCCUCCACCGGAAGAAACAAAACAAAAUCAUGGUCAAAUUCCUGUAGAUAGUUCUGGACAAUUUUUUACAGAAGAUUCUGAAUUUAAUUCUGAACCGAGUUCUGGACAAAUAUCUGAAGUUACACCAUCAAGUUCAUCGAUAGUAAGCAAAUUAAUUCCAGUUUUAUUGAUAUUUGGUGCAAUAGCAUUUUUUUUAGGAAUUUCAUAUAAGUAUUCAUUAUUUGGAUUUCGGAAACGAUUUCAAAAACAAAAAUUAAGAGAAAAGCUAAAAAAAUAA